AUGGACAGAAAAAAACCUAAAGCGCCUCCAUCCUCUUAUCUCAUUUUUUGUAAUUACGAAAGAGAAAAUGUAAAAAAUAGUUUGUUAGAGAAAUCUGAUAGCAAGGAAACAAUAAGGAUAACGGACAUUCAGAAAGAACUAAGUAGUAGAUGGAAGACCUUAUCUCAAGAAGAAAGAAAGAUUUUUGAAGAUCAAGCGCAACUUUUAAAAUUAAAAUAUAAUGAAGAGCUCUUGGAAUGGCAAAAAUCUGAAAUGACGGACGUGCCAGGAGAUAUCACAAUUAAAUUUCCCGUUUUGAAAAUUCAAAAAAUUAUGCAUUUAAAUAAUAACGUCAGAAAGAUAAACCAUGAGGCUAUUAAUAUUUUCCAAAAAGCUUUGAUAAAAUUUUUAAUCGAAUUAGUUAAUAAAACAGUUGAAUAUAAAAAUGAAAAAAACACUUCCCGAUAUAUAACAUCUCUUGAUAUAAUAUCGUGCAUAAAAAGGGAAGGAAUAAAAUACAAAUUUCUAGAAGAUUGUUUGUACCUACUGAAAGAGCAAAGCACCAGCACAUUUUUUGUUGAGGAGGAUGAAAACGAAGAGACGAUAUUUGAUUUGUGUGAAGAAGAUAAAAAGGAAUAUAAUUACGACAUGGAAGAAAAGAAGAGCAGGAUGAAGAAGAAAUCACAAACUAACAAGACAAAAGAAAAAAUCGGAGAAAAUAAAAACAUAUAUGCUGAUAUUACAACAUAUUUUAAAAAAAUUUAA